UAACAACUCAACAGCUGAUACGAAACAUGGCGGCGGUAAACACAGACUCCAAAGCCACGGGAGAGCACAUCAAAGCCAUUUUGCGCCGCUGCAGGGGUCGACCGAGGCUGACAGACGCGGACCGUGCUCAGCGGCGGCUCGAAUCGCGGAAGAAGUACGAUGUGCGGCGGGUUUAUCUGGGAGAAGCGCAUCAGGUCUGGAGCGAGCUGCGCCGGCGCACGAGCCUGAGCGACGCGGGGCUCGCCGAGUAUCUGAUCCUGCUCAAUUCUGCAUAUGGAGAAAAAUACCAGCAGAAAUACGCCAAGAGAAAAACCCUUCCUGAACAAUGCAGCAGUCACAGGAAAGGGAAGAAGGUGUCUGCCACCAGCUUGCAGACUGUGGCGAGCUGGUAUCAAGGUCACUGUCAGUCGUGUCAGCAUGAGCCUGAGCUGCGGGCCGUGGAGCCCACUGUGGGUUUAUCUACAUCUGCACUGUGGCAGUGUGUGGCGGGUCAUUCGUUUGUGCAGAACCUGCCCUGGCCUGCAGGAGGCGAGUCCGAGUCGGACGUGGAGGACAGUGUUAUGGAGAAAGAUGAGGAGGACAGGCCUCCAGAGAAGAAAGCUACUGUCAAUGAGAGUAUCAACAUCAAAAGGAGAAAACUGCAAAACCACGGGCAGCUGCAGGUUCUCUGA